GUUUGGUUUGACCCAAACUCACUCCCUCUCUGACUCUCUCUCUCUCUCUCCCUCUGACGACGAUGAUGAUGAUCCGCAGUGCCAUCGCCAGAAGACUUUCCUCCAAGCCAACCUCAUCUUCAUCUUCUUAUGCUUGGUUGAGUACCACCACCACCGCCACCACUAGUACGACGUCGUUUGAGUUGGUUGAUCAAAGCCUCCAUGGGAAUCAUCAGAAGAGGAGGAGGAGCAGCAGCUCGUCAUUACCUGUUGGGCUGCCUUCUUACAUGAGAGCAGCCGUCUUCUGGGAACCAAACAAACCUCUCUCCAUUGAAGAAUUCCACAUCCCUCGCCCCAAAUCCGGUGAAAUUCUCAUCAAAACCAAGGCCUGUGGAGUCUGCCAUUCUGAUCUCCAUGUUUUGAAGGGUGAGCUUCCAUUUGCUAGCCCUUGUGUCGUGGGGCACGAGAUUACUGGUGAGGUUGUCGAACAUGGACCCGCUACAGACAAAAAGAUCACACAAAGAUUACCGAUUGGAUCUAAUGUUGUUGGAGCUUUUAUCAUGCCUUGUGGUACCUGUUUCUUCUGUUCAAAGGGCCACGACGAUUUAUGUGAGGAUUUCUUUGCCUACAACCGUGCCAAAGGAACCCUUUAUGAUGGUGAAACUCGGUUAUUCCUCCGCAGCAGUGGAAAACCUGUAUACAUGUAUAGUAUGGGAGGCCUUGCUGAGUACUGUGUUGUACCAGCAAAUGGAUUGGCUAUUUUACCGAAGUCAUUGCCAUAUACAGAGUCUGCCAUUUUAGGAUGUGCAGUAUUUACUGCUUAUGGUGCUAUGGCACAUGCGGCUGAGGUUCGUCCUGGGGAUUCAGUUGCUAUUAUUGGAACUGGGGGUGUUGGAUCCAGCUGUCUGCAGAUAGCCAGAGCAUUUGGUGCCUCCGAUAUUAUUGCAGUUGAUAUUCAAGACGAUAAACUGCAGAAAGCUAAGAUAUUUGGUGCUACUCAUGUUAUAAAUGCGGCUAAAGAAGAUGCUGUUGAAAAAAUAUUGGAAAUAACUGGUGGGAAAGGUGUGGACGUUGCUGUGGAAGCCCUGGGAAAACCACAGACCUUUUUGCAAUGCACGCAAAGUGUGAGAGAUGGAGGAAAAGCUGUCUUCAUCGGGCUUACAGCAGCCGGUGCAAUUGGGGAAGUAGAUAUUAACCGUCUUGUUCGUAGAAAGAUAAAAAUCAUUGGAUCAUACGGAGGAAGGGCAAGGCAGGAUCUUCCAAAGAUAGUCAGACUAGCAGAAAGUGGUAUAUUUGAUCUCACUAGUGCUGUUUCAAGAAGAUACAAAUUCGAGGAGUCUGACACUGCAUUCCAGGAUCUCAACCAGGGAAAAAUUGUUGGUCGGGCAGUGGUUGAGAUAAUGUAGUUUUGUUCUCUCCAAGCUGACUGUUCUUGAUGCCAGAGUUCUGCCUCAAGGUAUAAGUAGACCCCGGAGUAGAUCGAAGGAACAUAAAUAAAGAAACCACACGGGCAUUGCUCAAUCUACUUCUGCAUCAAUCCUAGAGAGAUGGUGACGAUUUUAUGUGGAAAUGUCGUUUUUUUUCCCUCCCUGUAUACCGUAAGCUCUUGAUGUUCAAAAACUUUGCUUAUUGUUUAGAUGUAUGUCAGAAUAUGAAGGAGGUUGCAGUUCUUCUAAAUAUGACUGAGUAAUAUGCAAUAAAAGUAUCCGCUUUGUUGAAGCUCUAUGUAUGUCA